GCCCUGCUCCACAGCCACAGGCAGUGGAUAUCAACUAAAUGCUUUGAUCUCGAUGGAUCUGGGACAAGGGUUCAGUACACAAAUGCAGGACGAGAAAGAACUCCAGUAAGAGAUGGCUGGUAAUGGAAAGGGAAAAGGAAAGAUAUCUCAAAAAGGUUUAAAAAGCUAUUUUGGCACUGGUUCCAGUGGUUCAAGUAGACAACCAAGUACUCGUGGUAGUGGAAUUGCUCAACAAGAGGUUGAAGAUGGGCAAGAUCAUUUUGCGCUUGUAACAACCGGUGUAGAAGAUGAAUUUGCUCAAGCAACAACUGGUGUAGAAGAUGAAGUUGCUCAAGCAGAGCUUCAAGAAGGUAUAAUCGAGUUCAACCCGGACUAUAUCAUAUCGGAUCCAGGAUUUCGUAUUUCAAUUGAUUGUUUUGCCCCUAAUAUUAGAGAUGAAGUUAGAAGGGCUUUUAUAGUUAAAGGUCCUUUUCAACCAAUGGAUCAUAAGUUUCCUACCACGAAUGAUAAUAGGAGUUUUCAAAAGAAAUGGUUUAAGCAAUACAGUUUGUUGGAAUAUAGUGUGGAGAAGAAUAAAGCUUAUUGCUUCUAUUGCUAUCUUUUUAGACAUGAUCGAAUAGAGGAGAAAUUUGGUCAUGAUGCUUUUACAAAAGUCGGCUACUUGCAAUGGAAGAAUGGUUAUUUAGCACUUCCAAAACAUGUUGGUGGGCCUAGUAGCAUUCAUAACUUUGCAGCAACAUCAUAUCAUGAUUUUGAUAACCAAAGAUCAAGUGUAAGAAAUAGGGUGUCAACUCAUACGAAAGAUGCAUUGGUCAAAUAUGAAACCCGAGUGGAAGCUUCCUUGAGUAUUGUUGCUUAUCUUGCAUUGCAAGGUGAGCCGUUUCGGGGGCAUGAUGAAACUUCUACUUCAUUGAAUAAGGGCAACUUUUUGGAAAUGCUUGAUUGGUACAAGGAAAGGAAUGAGGAAGUGAAACGUGCUUUUGAUGAGUUGUGUCCAAAAAAUGCAAAAAUGACUUCCGGCACGAUUCAAAAAGACCUUGCAAACUCUUGUGCACAAGCAAUCUUAAAGGCAAUAAAGGAAGAAAUGGGGGGUUGUCGAUUCUCUAUUCUUAUUGAUGAAUCACGUGAUAUAUCUAUCAAAGAGCAAAUGGCCAUAAUUGUUAGAUUUGUGAACAAAAAAGGGGAAGUCAUAGAAAGAUUUUUGGGUAUCAAGCAUGUCAAGUAUACAACAUCGGAAUCAUUGAAGAAAGCAUUACUUGAAGUGUUAAAUGAUCAUGGUUUAGUUGUUGCAAAUAUACGAGGGCAAGGGUAUGAUGGUGCUUCCAAUAUGAGAGGAGAAUUUAAUGAUCUUCAGAAAUUGAUUAGAGAUGAGAAUCCUUUUGCUUUCUAUAUCCAUUGUUUUGCUCAUCAAUUGCAAUUGGUAGUUGUUGCUGUCUCAAAAUGUGCCUCAUCUAUUGAAGAUUUCUUUGAGUAUGUGACACUAAUUGUGAGCAGCACUUCCACUUCAUGUAAAAGGAAGGAUUUAUUGCUUGAUAGACAUCGAUUGAAUCUCUUGUCUAAAUUAGAGAGUGGAGAAAUAUCAUCUGGGAGAGGUAAACAACAAGAAACAUCAUUGGCAAGACCUGGAGAUACAAGAUGGGGAUCUCAUUAAGACUUUACUUCGUAUUGAGUCAAUGUGGGAUUCAGUAAUAGAAGUGCUAGAAAUUGUGAAUCAAGAUGAGCGCAUUCCAUCUAGAGCAGGAGGAUUGGUACAAAUAAUGGAGUCUUUCAGCUUUGUAUUUAUCAUGAAGAUGAUGUUGCAAAUCCUUCAUAUUACAAAUGAGCUCUCACUCAUCUUGCAAAGGAAGGAUCAAAAUGUUGUUCAAGCUAUGUCUUUGAUUAUUGAUGUGACGACACGUUUGAAUAAUUUGAGAAGUGAAGGUUGGGAACCAUUGUUUGAAGAAACAAAAGUCUUCUGCCUUGCAAAAUGUAUCCCAAUACCAAAUAUGAGUGAUCAAGUACCACGAUUUGGUCGAUCAAGAAAAGGUGGGAGAAACAAUAUUACUCAAGAUCAUUAUUUUCGUGUUGAUAUCUUCUAUGCUGCAAUUGAUGCUCUUACCACGGAGUUUGAUCACCGCUUUAAUGAGCGGUCCUCAGAAUUGCUUGUUGGAUUUUCUUGUCUUGACCCUAGAGAUUCAUUCUCUAAGUUUGAUGUUGAGAAACUUGCUCAUAUUGCGGAUAUCUAUUAUGAUGACUUCUCUUUUGAUGACCACAAGACCAUAAAAGAUCAACUUCAAACUUUCAUCAUUCAUGUGCGGAGAUUUGAAGAAUUCAAAGUUUGUUAUGAUCUUGCAAGCCUUUCAAAAACAAUGGUUAGACUUGAGAGAUAUAUUGUUUUUCCAUUGGUUUAUCGUCUCAUUGAGUUGGUAUUGAUAUUACCGGUGGCGACAGCAACAGUUGAAAGGGCAUUCUCAGCUAUAAAGAUUAUUAAAACUGAAUUGCGCAACAAGAUGACCGAUGGGUGGUUAAAUGAUUUGAUGGUGUGUUACAUCGAAAGAGAAAUAUUCAAAGGUCUUGAUCUUCAACAAAUUAAAAAGGCAUUUCAAAAAAAGAAAGACAGGAAAAUGCAAUUUCCAAGAUCUCCUAGACGCGUUUAGAGGUUUUAAUUGCUAUUUUAAUAAUCGACAUUUUUAAGAUCUGUUUUGCAACUUUCUCUACC